AUGGCCUUCAAAAGUAGUCGGUCUAGUUUAUUUUCUAUGUCUGCAAUACCUGAAUAUGAUCCUGAACUUGUAACUAAUCAAUCCAAGACUGAGAGCACCCCAUACAUGGAUUCUUUUGGAACAGAUUUAGCACAGAUUCAUGUAGCCCGAGGAAAUCUAAUGAGGAUCUUCCAUGUGUAUAAGAAGAAGCUCUGCCAUAGGAUACACCAUUUCAAUCAGCUCUUUGAGGGCAAUCAUGAUCCUUUUAUCGAAUUUUCUGAUAUAUCACCGCCCAUUUUUGACGUGCUUAUCGAAUGGGUCUACACAGAUUGCUUACGGGACAUUGAGAUAGUGAAAGCCAAAGGUUCCGACCGUAAGACUUUUUCCAUCUCAUGGAAUCCUAUACCGCUGUAUAUUCUUGCAGAAAAAUUGAGUCUUCCGGGGCUUAUGGACCGAGUUAUGGAAGUUGUGCGAAAACUAGACAGGUCAGAAGAUGUCUAUUAUAGCCCAGAGGCGCUCAAGUCAAUAUAUGUGCACACUCGCGGAAGAUCGAAGAUUAGAAAAUAUGUUACAGAACACGCUGCGUAUGCGAUUCGCAACUUCGACGAGUUAUCCAGUCUUUCAACUACCGAAUUAUUGUCUGCCAUGGAGAACAUAGAUUUCGUUCGUGAUUAUUUAGAAGUAACCCGCAUUAGGAACCUCAAAGAUCCGCGCAUAGGUCCUGGUUGCGAAUAUCAUACCCAUUAG